AUGAGUAUUUUAGCAAGAUUCUUCAAUCCAAAAGCUCAGAAACGUAAUGCAUCCUUCGAACUUCUCAGAUUGUUCGCGACAAUCAAUGUUCUGAUCAGGCACAUGAAAUUUCUUGUUUUUCACACUUCCCAAAACGACAAAGAAUAUCGCGCAUUAAUGUUUCUUCAUUCACUCACAUCGACAUGUGAUAAUAUAUUUGUAAUAGUGUCCGGAUAUUUCCUUUGUACCACAGAUCUUCGUGUCUCCCGUUUAUUCCCACUUAUAAUCCAAAAUUUCUCAUAUUCAGUAGGCAUGUACUUCUUUGCAAUCUCUAUGGGCUGGUCACAGUUCAAUUGGUAUGAAUUAGGACGUUUUAUGAUGCCAUUGACGAACGGAGUUUAUUGGUUCGCUCCGCCAUUUAUAAUUUCCCAGAUUGCGUUCCGUCCAAUGUAUAAAGGCUUGUUACAACUUCAUCCUCGCUACCAUCUCUUACUUGCUGUCAUGGUUUCAGUUGUAGCUGCCGGAGCUACAAUGGGAUAUGGCAAACACAUAUCACAGUGGGGAGAUGGAACUUGCAUCAACCUAUUUUUCCAAUUUCUUUUGAUCGGAUCUUAUAUCAGAUUUAAUAACGUCAAUCCGAGCAUGACAGUAUGUAUUCUUGGUAUAAUUAUUACAGCUGGACUCCACUUCCACGGCAUGGUCGGUGAUUUUGACAAAAUUUUGGGAACUCAAACAGUUAUUGGCCAACUUGUUCGUUCUGACGCUAUUUUCGCUCCUCUUGUUACCCUCGAGACCAUCUUUUUACUCUGCUUCUGCCAGAGGCUCCAGAUCACUGGAUUAACCCGAACAAUAAUUAAUUUUAUUGCAGACUUCAAUUACGGUAUUUACACAUGCCAUUGCCAUGGAAAGGUCAUGUAUCAGUUCACAGGCCAAUAUUCACCCAACAAACAUGUCAUUCUCGACCACGAAUGGAUUCAUAUGUUAUACGGCAGUUUUAUGAUUUAUUUCGAAUGUCUUGUUGUUGAAAUUGGACGUUCUAUGCUCACAAACUUCUUCAUCAUCAAUACUAAGUGGUAUGCUUCAUUUUGCGAGGCUGUUGACAAUUAUUUCUCUCCAAUUGAAGAUAAGCUUAGUGUUGCUGAACAAACAGAAGAAAAAAUUGAUGAGAAUAAGAAUGCCCAAGAUAAUACAUCUGAUCAGAAGAUUUUCUCUCCUUUAUAA